GUUCGACCAUGUGUUUGACAGAUGCCUUUGGUGUAAUUCGUGGUUUUGUUUAGAUUUGUUAUUCAUUAAACUAUGUUCAAAGGAAGCGCUUGGGAUGAAGACACUGGUGUGACGUACGCCUUCAAGUCUUUUACAAGGGAUGACAUGAACGGUCAGACUGGGAAAUCUGGCAAGCAACGCAAACAGAAUCGGAGGAAGAAAGUAGAAAAGGAUCGUCUCCAUAAAAAAGAAGUGACUUCCCUGAGUAUUAAAAAGGAGCGAACGAAAAAAGGUAGAUUUAAAUCGGAUAUUGGAAAACCAGUUGAAAAGGAGCAGCCUGCUGGACCACGAAUAGCUUCCAGUGGAAGCCUAGGGAACAAGUUGAGGACUAACUUGAAAGGGUCGCGUUUCCGAUAUUUAAAUGAACAGCUUUACAAGGCCAGCGGUUCCGAUGGAUUAAGUUUGUUCCAAAACAAACCUAGCGACUUUGAGGCUUACCACGAAGGAUACCGCCAUCAAGUUGAACAGUGGCCAAUGAAUCCCCUUCGAAAAAUUAUUGGAGAAAUCAAGAAACUACCAGCAACCCUCAUCAUAGCUGAUUUCGGAUGCGGAGAUGCAAUAUUAGCGCAAUCAGUGCCUCACAAGGUAUAUUCUAUUGACUUGGUAAGUGUGCGAGACGACGUUAUAGCUGCUGAUAUGGCGAAUACGCCUCUUAAAACAGGAUCGAUUGAUGUUGCUGUGUAUUGUUUAUCGCUGAUGGGUGUGAACUUACGUGAUUUUCUAUUGGAAGCAAAUCGAGUAUUACGGAAAGGAGGUCUCUUGGUAAUUGCGGAAAUAACAUCCAGAUUCAAUUCCAUCGACGAAUUUAUUCGCAAUGUAGCAAGUUGUGGAUUUCAGCUGGAACGACGCGAGCUAUCACAUAAAAUGUUCGUUUUCUUUCGAUUUAGCAAGCACCAAACUGUAGCGAAAGAUAGUGCGGUAGCCAAGAGUUUUUCAUUGAAACCAUGUUUAUAUAAGAAAAGAUAAGGAAAAUAUAAGUUUUUCUACUUAAA